AUGGCGGCGCCAGACAAGGUGGUGUUUCACUUGCCCAUCAUCGAUGCAGAGGCUCCAGCGCCAGACAGCCUCGCGCUGGCGCACAGCUCCAGAGUGGAGGUUUCUCCGCUCUUGGCACCAGAGAGGAUGUUGAAGCCCGGCUACUGUCCAGCAAGAGAGAUUGAAGAGCUUUGGCGCGAGAAGUCCCGUUUGGACGAGCUCUUCGAUGCUGGGCUGGGCCAGGCGUAUUGGAGGGCUCGGGAGGAGAUUUACCCGGAGGCCGGUGAUCGAGGGGGAUCCUUGGGGAACCGUGCCGGCGACAAACUUCAGGAGAUUGUGGAUGCCGUGGGCGGUUUGCAGGUGGAUCGCCUGAAGAAGAGAACCAAAGAGGUGGAGGACAAAGUGCUUUGCCCACUUUGCAUGGACGAAGCGAAGCCAGAGAAUUGCAGCGUCACUGUGUGUGGCCAUGCGUACUGCACAGAUUGCAUUACUUGCUGUGUGGGUCAGGUGGGCAGAUGUCCAACAUGCAACCAUCCCUUGCGUUUGCCGGGGGAUUUGGCCAAUGCCCAGCGUGUGCAGACCGCCAGCCAGGAGCCAGUGGUCUUCGUGGAUGUGUGUGGUGCACCUGGCGCUUGGUCCAAGUACCUCUUUAAGCUAGGUGAGCAGCGUGGCUUGCAGAUGCAUGGCUUCGGCUUCAGCUUGAAGAAGGGCACCAACGAGCGCAGCUGCACCUGGUUCAAGCAGGACCUACUGGAGCGCUCCAACUUCACCGAGCUCAACGGCGCUGAUGGAACCGGCGAUGUCACCUCUCCCGAGAAUCUCGCGCACGCGGCUGCCGCAGUGGGGCGCACCGCCGACCUGGUGGUGGCUGAUGGUGGCAUGGGUGUGGAUCGAGGUGCCGGCGGCCAACACAUGGAGAACUAUCAGGAGAUUUGGGGCGGUAGCAUCCUCACGGCAGAGGUGCGUUUUGCUUUGGAGACCCUGCGAGAAGGCGCUUGCUUUAUUUGCAAGUUCUUUGAUACAUUCACAGAGGUGAGCUGCAGUUUACUCUUCAUCGCGGCACGGCUCUUUGAGAAGGUGUGCGUGGUGAAGCCCAAGCACAGUCGAGAGGUGAACUCCGAGUCACUGGGCCAAGCGGCUAGACCGCUCCUCUGGGCAGAAAGGUCUGACCUGAACUGGGAGGGCGGUUUGACGUUGAGUUCAGGCGUUGAUGUGCGAGCAGGCCAGCUUCCAUGGGGUACUGCUGUAGUGGGCGCACCCGACAUCAAGCAGAAGGGUCUCACGCUGGCUGGACGCGGAGAUGUUCUUCCACCGCAGAGAGCGUUUCAAGAGGCAGAGAUGGAGUUCGCAGAGAUCCCUCCAGAGGUCUCGGAACUCUUCGAGACGCUGCGGGGCGAGGCACUGCGACGUCUAGAUGAUUUUUUGCCGAUCCAUCUCUUCUCCUUGUGCUGGGCCUACUCAACAGCUCGUUUGCUGGACGAGGACCUUCAGCGGAACAUCACCCGCGCAGCCCUGCGCUUGGGCCGCUCCCGAGACGCGAGUGGCGCGCAGGUGCCGGAUGGCAAGGCGGCCAAUGCCAGCUCAGAGAACGCGGAGGCCUUUGGCCAGUUGGACACCACGGAAGAGCCAGCGAAGGAGGACUCGGACGGGAUGGAAGCUCCUCGGAUCCUCAAGGCCACGGAGCAUUGGAUGGCCAUCUUGAAGCCAGCGCAUUGGCAAGUCUCGGUGGAUGCCAAGGAGGCUGCCCGCAUGGGGAGCAGCUCGCCCUUUGAAGAGGACGAGGACGCCGAGGAGGAGCCGGAAAAGCCACGCGUGCAGGCCUGGAUUCGCAAGCACAUGUCGCGGACCUACCCGAUUUGCUCCGACCCCACAGAAGCCUUCGGGCUGCUGCACCGGCUGGAUGCGCAAACCAGUGGUGUGUUGGUUUGCGCCAAGAGCUACGAAGGCGCUUAUUGGCUACGCCUCCAGUGGUGUCAAUAUGCCGUGGACAAAGAGUAUGUUUGUGUGGUGCAUGGCUGGGUGGAUCGGGCUCAACGGGAGAUCCACAAGCGAAUCCGUGUGAGCUUGGCCGUGAUGGGCCCAUCGCAAUGUGGCAAGACCACCGCUUUGGGGAAGCUUUGUGCGCUCAGUGGAGCCUUUGAGGAGGUCGAGCACCAGCAGUGCCAGGACUUGGCUUGGGAGCUGGGCCGCCCGGGCUAUUCCCACGGCUGGAUGUUAGACCGGCUCCCCGAGGAAAGAGAACUGGGCUCGACGUUGACCUCCCACAUGCAGAGGUUUGAGUCUGCCCACUGCAGUUACUGCGCCUUUGAUACCCCUGGGCGAGAGGACCUCUCUCGAGAAGUCCUCAGCGUGACCAGCCUGGCGGACGUCGCGGUGCUCGUGCUGAGCGCCACGACGGGCGAAUGGGAGGCCGCUGUGGAGAGCGGUCGAGUCAAGGAGAUCGCCUUAGAUAGCUUCACCAUGGGCAUCAAGCACGUGGUGGUGUGGGUCACCAAAAUGGAUGACUUCACGGUGCAGUUUGACAUGGCUAGAUACGAAGAGAUCAAAAAAGCAGUGACCCAGUUCUUAAAGGAUGUGGGUUACAAGCCGAAGGAUCCUUUCCCAGUGGUGCCGAUCGGUGGGCGUUCAGGUGAAAAUCUCACCAGUAAGUCUACUGAGAUGCCUUGGUACGCCGGCCAUUCGGCGCUGGAAGCACUGGAUUCGCUCAACGAGAUGAACCGCCCCGCAGAGAAGCCCUUGCGGCUACCGGUGCUGAAGGUGCACGACCACCCAGAAGCGGGUUGCAUCAUCGUCGGCCGCGUGGAGACGGGGUCCAUCCGCUCGGGGCUUAAGGUGAUCUUCGCACCUGGUGGCUUGGUCGGCGAGGUGAAGUCCGUCUUCCGCGGGGGCAAGAAGAUCUCCGAAGCCUCAGGCGGCGACGUGGUGAGUGUGAACCUGGGCGGCGUGGAUCCCUCGCAGCUGCGCCGCGGCAUGGUGGCCUCCACCAGCAGCGACGCCGCGGCGGAUGCCGAGACCUUCCUCGCGCAGGUCGUGGUCUUUGACCACCCUGGGCAGAUCCGUACAGGUUACUGCCCAGCCAUCACCGUUCACACGAGCCAGGUGCCAUGUGAGUUUGAGGAGCUCCUCAGUAAGGUAGAUCGUAAGACGGGGAACGACAGCGAGACGCACCCUGCCAGUGCCAAGUCUGGGGAGGUCAUUAAGGUGAAGAUGAGGCCUCGGUCCUUGGUCUGUGUGGAGCCCUUCAGCGCCUAUCCGCCGCUGGGACGCUUCGCCAUCCGCGACCAAGGGAAGACCGUGGGCGUGGGAGUCAUCAAAGAGGUCACCAAGCGACCGGUGCCGAAACCACGAAGUGAGAACUCCUACUUCGACUCCUGA